UUGCAAAUAAUUCCAAAAACCACCCUGUCCAUUCAACUAUUGUUGAACAAGUGAAAUUGAGGUUUAGUAAGUAGUAUUUAGGGUUUCCCCAUCUCCUUGGAGAUUUGCAUCUCAUAUUUUGUCCAAUCAAAUUAUAGAUAACUAUCAUCAUUACACAAUUUAGCCAAUCGCGUUUGUGAUUUGUCAGUAAAAAUAAACCUUAUAACAAGAAGGGAAACACCUUGGCGUCUGUCAGCGUUCUCGGUUAAAAUCGUUUUGAUUUUUAAAUUUUGUUUGAGGUUGGCAGUUGUAAAUAUUGUUAAAAUGAGUAAAGUGGAAAUGCAUCCAACAUUCCGUCGAAAAGUAGUUUAUAACUUGGAAUGUUCUUCAUGUGGGUCGACGCUUUGCAAACGAGGAAUGCAGGCGGUGUUGUUGGCAGACACGAAGACGGAAAUGUUUUCAACUGAUGUACCAGUGGAAAAUGCCAUUGGCGUUAUUGACGGAUUGAUUUCAACAAGCAGCUGUGCAUGCAGGUUACAAGAUGUGGCAUGUAUUGUGUGUGGUAAUGUUGUAGGUUAUCAUGUUUGUCUCCCCUGUCGGAAAUGUCUUCAGUCGUGUAAUAACGGACACUUCUGGAUGUACUACAGUUCCGCUGUCCUGCCAGUUGAAAGAAUAGAUCAUUCAGGUGAACAGUUCUUGUUAUGGGGACAGCUUCCUAGAAUCCAUGACGAUACUGACAGUUUCCUUGAAGUCGAAUGUUGUCGAUGAUGUUCAUCCUGACAGCUUUUGUGAACAGUGGUUUCACUGGUGCUUAUUUAUUUAAAAUUAAGUCAGUCAUAAAAACACAUUAUUGUUCCUCAAUACAUAACUCUCAACAUCAACUUGUCAUAUAGAACAUGUGCUUUGCCAUUUUUACUUGUCAUAUCUAAACUCUGAUUAUCCUACCCAAAUGACUUUCCGGAAGCUUGUUAUUAUGGGUCAAAGGGUGACAACUCUUGGGGAAUGUGGUCAGAUGCCCCAGUGUGACAAAACCUAAUCUGUAGGUUCUUAUAGACCAAAUCAUUUCCUAUUGCCGAUCAUGUUAAUGUUUACUAAUAAAACUGAUACAAGCAGUGUAUCAACACACCCAGGAAGUACAGCAAUAAAAAGUGUGGCACCUCACAUGACAUCUAAUCUCUCUGCAAGAAAAUUGGGGGUCACAUACCAUUUAAGAGGUUUAAUUAAUGUUUUUAUUAGCAACUCAUUUUUGAUGAAAAUUGCAUUUCCAUUUUUGGGGGUACCCUGCAUUAGUUUAAAACCUCUGGUAUAU